CUCACAUUACAUUACGCACCGCAGAGAACGUAAGCCGACAGACGCGACUGUCCGGCGUCCGCCCCAGUGUCGCGCCUCGCGUUGAACGCCACUAACCAAUUGUUCCCCGAGCGUGGCAGGUGUUAGUGUCGUGAUGUGUAUAUCAUGAAAUUCAGUGCCGGAUAUUAAAGUAAACAUAUCGGAUCGGUCCCGUUGCCAUCAUGAGUGAAUCGAGUCUGAAAGAAGAUCCCCUCUCCAGAAUACAAAGGGAGAUCAUCGAGGUCACGGAAAGAGAGAGAGAGUUCAAAGAGGGACACUUCAGAAUGAGCAGACUGUUGUCGGAGUCUACCAUAGACGUCACCAACCAGAACGGACAUCUCAACGGUGAUGAGAGACCACAGAAGACCUUGAACAGAGCCGUGUCCACCUCGCACCUGCUGGGACCCAUCGCCCCCUCGCCGCCAGCCACGCCUGCACUACUCAACACCAACGGAUACACGCGCAGGUUCACUCCGCAGAAUGGGACCAAAGGUAUCAUGCAGAGGUUUAUAGCCAACAAGGGCAAGCUGCCCGUCACCUCCCCCGGUACGCCGACCACGCCAACCGCCAUUGCGGCCCCGCUAGUAUUCACCCCCAUCACAGCCGCACCCGUCGCUCCUCCCGUCAUCACCCGCACCCCGGAGGGAAAACCGGUGAGGAAGGGAUACGUGCCGGUAGAGGAAAAAAUACAGAAGGAACUGAGAGAAAUGAAAGACCGAGAACACGAACUCAAGAAGAUGAGGAAGAAACAGAAGCCCUUCGAUAUAGAACUGAGCGAUUCAGAGGUCACCUCGGAGUCGGAGGAGGAAGACAUCCCGCCUCCGGGGAAACUGAAGGCGACCAAGUCUAUAGGCGAACUGUACGAAGCUCUCAGCGAGGAACUGAGAUCACCCUCGCCGAGGAACAGCUCGGGCCACGACUCGCUCGGCAGUCUGAAGCCGGCCAAGUCUCUGGCGCAGCUGUGUGACCUGGGCCCCGACCAGGAGUUCCUGGCCCCCAGCUCCACACGCCUGAUAGCGCAGUGGGAGUCCAUCAUACAACAGAAACAGGAAGCGGGAGCGGCCUAGUUCAUACCAUCAACGGGAUAAAUGCGUAAUGUUAGGACGGCGUGUGACGAGUAACUCGGUGCGGGGGACGGGAGGGCUCGUCUGUGGGGUUGGUCGUUUGAGAAACAUCCGAGUAGUGUAAGGGAGUGUCAGUGAUUUCUCUAUUCGAUGAACACUAGUGAGUGUGUGUCAGCGUCGCGUGUGAUGAAAGCGGUCUCCAUGACGCGCCAUGUGACUCCGCAGUUUCUUCUUAUUGUUCGAUGCUCACCGUCUUUAAAAAAUAUAUAGUUUUUCUCGCGCUUUCCCGUCCCGAGUCUUCGCCGCACUGUCACCUUCAAACGCUAUAAGGUUUCGAUCGACUUCGUGGGAAUUUGGGAUAAUAAUAGUACAAUGUGAUAAAUUAUGUUUUUUUUAUUAUAAUUUUUAUUAGUUCGGCAUGUUUACUCCCGUUUAUUCAAAUUUGGAAUGAACCAAGACGUGUGUUUAUAAAGUGACUGAUUUUUUAUUGUAUUAGGGAUAUAUUUAUUUAAUUGCUGGUGUCAUUCUAUCGUAUUUAUUAUCUGUUGGUCUUUAUGUCUCUCGUUGUUCGAAAUUAUUUUUUUUUUAAUUUCGCCGUCAACCGUAUGCUUCGGAGUUCGUUUUCAGGUCGAAGUGGAAAUUAUUGGGUAUUUUAUAAAAACUGCGGGCUCGAGCGACCUGAAUAUAUAUACCUUUAUAAUAUUAAAUUGUUACAGAAACUGAAAUAUAAGUAUAUGUAUACAAGUUAGCUUCGAUAGAAUUAAAUAAUUAAAUAUGAACCACGCUCUAUUAUCUGGAUGUACUUAACUAAUAUUUAUAUUGUUAUUUAGGACAACUAUAGCAGACACACUGUACAAUUAAGAUUUAGUGUCAAAACAGUGCCUUAUAUAAAGUAGUGUGCACAACUCUUCUCUCUCACAGAACAUAUUUUUUGUAGUAAAUUUUAGAAGAGAAUGACGUUAUAAUAAAGUAGGUCGUUACUGUUUAUAAUGUAUUAGAGAUUUUUAACAUUAUUAAAUAAUAAUUAUUAUUUAUAGUUAAUCGGAUAAUCAUUUUGAUACUGUUGUAUGUCAAUAUUGGCAAUAUUAUUCUCCUAAACUUAUUUAUUAUCUGCGGCUUCGAUGACGUAUGAAGUACACACAAUGUUAAUGAAGUUGCACUCUUGCGACGCGACGUAUCGCUGUCACCGUCACUGUUGGAAAAUUAUUUUUAUAUUUUACAAAACUUGAUGAAGUAAUGAAUAUGAAUCCAACGACGACUCCAUGUCGGCGGUCCGUGUUGCAAGCGACCUUUAUAUGUUAAAUUAUAAUAAUUGUUGAGAGUGCGUUUUUGAACAAAUGUGAUACAAAAUUGCCUUAAAGAUUCCUAUUUAUAUACAGCUAUUAUAUUUACAAUGCGCUCAUGAUAUUGCGUUCAUGUGUCGAGGUUUUCGCAAUAAAUUUUCAAAUGCA